GGCAAUUAACAUAUCAGUAACUAAUUUAUAAUAAUCACACCGAUAUUAUUUCAAAUUAGGGCAUGGUAACUUUUUUUAAAAAGUUGAGUUACGUUUUGAUGCAUUUGAAAUAUGCUACAGCAUAAUUUCAAUCAUAACGAUUUCGUUAUCAUAGUACUUGUUAAAUAAAGAAGAACAUUUAUCUUGUUCUCCCUCUAAAUCAAUUCGAUUUUAGAUAUUGACUAAGCACAGUUUUAAGAAAAGGAAAUUUACUUAUUUUCAAUCCUUUUUUUCUUAAACAACUUGUUUACUAAUUAUUAUAUUUCUUUUUUUACCGUAAACGGGUGGUGGUAGGUUUAAUGGUUAUCGGCGCUAGAUUAGCAACAGUAUACCAACCAAGUGAUUGUCCAGACUAAAUUGUAUGUAUAAAAAUAUACCAAUUAACCUGAUUGUUUGUUUACGCCAAUAUAUUUAUGUAUAUAUACAUAUAUAGUGUAUGUGUGUUUAUUAGUAUAUAUUUGAUUUAGAGGGAUAGAAUGACAUAAAUUAUUGAAGAAACUCUUUUGUAUAUACAAGAUGGGUGAGUGGGUGGUUAGGUAGUCGGAUAGUUAGUGAGUAAGAGGGGGUAGAUAAAUAAUUUUUCGAUAAUGGCUUUUGAUACGCCAAUAUUCUGACCUAAACUCGUCCCCUAUUACAAUUUCCAAUUUUACUAUAAUUAUUAGCUACUACUAUUUAGCUACAUUUUAUAAAGAUCAACCUGAGAGAAAGUUUAUAAUUUGGAUUAAAUAAUAAAUUAAAAGCUACAAGAAAAGCAAUUUAAAAAAAACUUUAUUCAAUAGAGUAAAAUAGUUUCCUCCAUGGGAAGUUUAAAGGAAAUAUCAUUUCUCAAUGUAUUUGUUUAGAAAAUAACAAACAAACACUUUCCCUUCUAUACCAAUAUAUGAAUGAAUACAAUAUUUACAGAAGAAAAGAUUACAGAAAGACAGAGAUAGAUAUAUCCCCCCUUGUAACUGACAAACAAAUUAUUUAAUUUUUUUUCUUUUACAAAAUUGUUUUCCCCCGAUUUCUUUGUUGUUGUUGUUGUUGUAUGAAUUGUACGUUUAAAGUACAACUUACUCAUUAUUGAAUAAUAAAACAAAGUUUAAGAAGUCAAGUAUUGGGUCAGAAUUGUGUCCACUACGCCAUUUCGUUUCUCUCGUAAAAUUAGAUCUCAAGGAAACGUACUGUAUUUCAUUAUUACAUCUUGAGUUCCAAUACAAAAUGACUACAAAUCAAGAUAAUAUCAAAAUAUCGUCACUAUUUUCCGAUAAAUCUAUUAGCCUAAAAGAAAGUCAUAGAUAUAUUUUAUCGACGCUAAAUGAUCUUACACCUAUACGGCCACUUGAUUGUAGUAUUUCUGUUAAUCAUAAUAGUAAGAGUCAAAUAGGAUAUUUUACACCAUGGUCACCUAUUGAAGCUACGUUCUGUCAAUGUACAUCUAAAGGCAAUUCCAUUUAUACUGCCGAAUCAAAUAUACAUGAAGAUGUGGUCAGGAAGAUGAGUGUACCUAACAAUGUUACAGUUAACAAGACUGAUAAUCCUCUUGAUUAUUCCAUACAUUCCCAUUUUAUUGAUCAUCAGCGAUUAACAUCUACCAGUCCAAAAGUAACGGCUCUUCACCAAUCAAAUUAUAAUCGCAAUUCAUCACUUCAAUUUUCGAACAGCUUAAAAUUUAAUAGUAACAAUACAUCUUCCUUCAGGAAAUCAGAAUGCGUUUCGGAGCCAGUUGUAUGUUAUACUACAAAUAAUGAAACUGGUGAUGGACGUUUAUCAAAACGAAAGUAUUCUAAAAAUCAUUCAAGUAUUUCUAGGAAACACACUGGAAAAUAUAUAAAAGCGGGAAUCAACAACAUUACUGGCCUUAAUCAACCCAAUGUGAUCAGUAAUAAUAUUACAGAUAUCAGUGACAGGUUUGAGGUUAUUCCCGCUGACGCUACUAAUCACUCAUUAACACAUAAUUUGCUAAAGAAGACAUGUUCUUUAAAUCAAAAUAUUGUAAAUGAAGACGGGCAUUUAAUAAAUGGUAAAAAAUCGAAAUUGGAUAAAAAUUGUCCCACACUUGAAAAAAAUAGCACCAACAAACAAACAAUAGAUAUGACUUUUUAUCCCACUCCCAAUGUUAGCCAAAGGAACAAUGACGAGGAUGAACAAGGUAAAACUAACAGUGAUAAUCAAAACAAUGUGAAAAAUACAGUUGUCUCAACAGGAGCUUAUAAAUACUUAUCAUGGCGUGAAAAAGAUCGUAGACGAAGGUUUCGUGAGGAAUGGAAGCAUUUAUGGCUUGUUAUACCACAUGGACUUCAUGAAGUAAUGUGCCUUAUAUGUCAUAAAGUAAUGACACAAAGAAAAUUAGAUACAAUAAAACGUCAUGUUAUUAGAAGACAUCCAGAAUUAAUCAAAAUGUCUGAUCAUGAUAAAUCUAAUUUAUUUAAUCAAUUAUUAAUUAAACAAUAUAAAUUAAUCGAUAAUAAAAAUAAUAAUUUAAUAACUAAUAUUCAAUAUAAAUUAACAGAAAAAACAAAAGAAUUAUUAAAUAAACCUAAUUGGUUAAUUAAUCAAACAAUGAAUAGGAAUAUAUUUUAUAAAAAGAGUAAAGAUUCAUUGAAUGAACUUGAUCAAGUAGUUCAUUCAAAUGGUAAAGUUAAGCAAGAUUUAUCUUUGAAUGAAAGUAAAUGUAUACCGAAGAUAAAUCAAGAAGUCAUGAACACUUGUGAUUUAAACAGUUUACCAUUGACGUUACCAGAAGAUUGGUCUAAUCUCUUAAAAGUUGCUGAAAGUUUACUUCCUAUUGUUAAACCAUCACUUAAUGGAACAAGUGAUCCUCUUGAUUAUUCUACACAUUCAAAUCGACACAAUCCAAUGGAAAUCAGUAUACAGUUAUCACCAUCUAAUAGUCAGCCAGUAUAUACGUCAAAUAUUUCGACAGAAUCAUUAUUGUCUUCAAAUGUUCAAGCUACUAAUUGUUCUUCGUUUCGUCCUUUCUCUUCUUUUACAUCAUCUAAUUUAAAUAUAAAUUAUAAAAAAUCAUUUACUCCAAUGACAUAUAAAUCGUCAGAGUCAACGAAUUCAUUACCAUUAUCAUCGACUGUACAGCCAGAAUGCUUUUCUAAUAUUCAAAAUUUAGACAAAUCCUCUGAGUUUCUGGAAUCCAUCUCUAAUUCGUACGACGACACCAUUAAAACUAAUAAUGAAAGUUUAACUGCAGUUAAUUGUAACGUAAACUUUUCCAAUAGAAAUAUCUACGUUGAAAAUGACAACGAGAUAAAGGGCUAUGAUAACAGUCAAGCAGCAAAAAUAUAUUUAAAUUCACAGUUCCAUUUAACAACGGAAUAUAUGGAGCAUAAUCAUGUUGUUAAUGAAUUAAACCAUCAUUUAAGAGUAUCUGUAAAUAAAGCAACAAGUCAUGCAAACCUUACGUCAACUGGAUUCAAUCCGACAUUUUCAAAAGUUCCCAGACUUGACGAGGCUCAAUCUUUAAUGAUAGCCGCUUGGUAUUCAGCUCUUAUGAAUUCUGCUAAAAAUACAAACCAAUUAGUUAAUGAUAAUGAAUUUUUAGAUGUGCAUAAACCGACUUGUGAUGAAUCUGUAAAUAUGAAACAGCCCCUAACAUUUUCUUUCCCUCUGCCAAAUCUAAAACUCUUCAGUACCAGCUUAAAUGUUCCCGAUACCGCCGAUGAAUCUUUUUCCUCUCGUUUAAAACAAAAGGAGAAACUUAAUAAUUACCCAAGUAUAAUAGAUUCAUUACAAUUUCAUAAUCAGGAGGUGAACUUACAGUUACCGAAACAAAUGAAUCCUUCCCGUCAGUUAAAAGUGAAUUCAGAUUUGAAUAAAUUUACUAUCUCAUCUCUACUGAAUACAGAACAACGUCAAAUAACAACUCCUGUAUCAAAAGUAGCACAGAAAAAUGAUAAUUCCUGUCCUAAAAUACAUAGUAGCUUCGAAAUACCUUCAUGUGAUAGCUCUACUGAUUCAUCAUUGCAACUUGGCAAUCAGCAAAAAUAUGACAAAUUUAAACAUAUUCCUGAGUGUAUCUCAUGCAUUCUUUGUAUGAUUCAUGAUAUGAAUGUAGGAAAUUCCUCUGGCAUUACAAAUCAUAGUAAGUCGUGUAGAUUAAAUGUUGACAUUCCAAGUAACAUAUAUGCAAAAGAAGCUGAUUCAUACAAAAGGAAAUAUACAACAUUCACUUGCCCUAAAAAUUUGUCAACUUCAUUUUAUAAUUCUGUAGAAAUUGAAUCCAAAAUUAAUACAUCCAACCAGUUUAACGAUGGUAAUUGUACUUCACAAAAUCAAAUACCAUCCAUACAUUUACUGGAUUCAAAUACACAACCCAUUCACCAAGCACAAACCUUUAUGAAAUGUUAUUAUGAUGAAUUGUUACGAUAUCAUUUCGAACAUAUCCAGAAAGAAAAUCAAUCCAGUAAAAAAGUAACAUCACCGUAUUAUCGUAUACCACUAAAUAAAGAAGAUGCUAUCUGCUUAAAUGGUAGUGCAGAAAUCUAGUUAAAUGAAUCAACUUAUUGUUUAUUGGUAUAAAGAAAUACCUACAGCUAACCACAUGAAACUUCUAAGCAACAACAAACAAUCCAGUUAUGUGACGUUAUAUGUAAUUGAACAUUGAAUAUCACACUUUUUUUCUUCUAAAAUUACAUAACUUACAUGAAUAUUGAAACAAAAAUACUUCAUUGAUAACAUCUUAACAACUAUACUAUGAAGGUAAACAUUAACCAUGGAUAAAGUAAUAUAUAACACAAUUGGGAGAGAUCAUUAAAAUUAUGAAAUGUGUUAUUAUCUAGUUUAUUUUCAUUGAUUAAAACAAAAGAUCGAUCAUAAUAUUAGAUAGUGACAAAUAUGUUCUAUCAUCAAAUAAACUCUUGAUUCAUGAAUUCUAAUGUUCAUGGGAUUAUUUAAAUAAAAACUUAAUGAAAGUAUAGAGCUUUUUAAAAAGAUUCCUAACAUAUCUUUCAGUCUCAUUUAAAUAUUCCUAUACAUUCUUUACAGUAUCAUCAUCUAAUACUGAACUCAUAUAGAAAACAGAAGGUGAGAUUUUUAUGAUGGCUAAAGAUCAUGGUUGUAAUUGAUUGAUUAUUGAACGAUCAACACUGAAGUAUUUACAUAUGUUCUUGUUCAGUUUUCUUUACGACAACGCGUUCUUUUCUUUCUCAUCAUUUCCCUUAAUUUUGUUUGUCAUUAUUAAUUGUUUAUUGUAAGUAAUUACUACUUACUUUGUUAACAUACCCUACUUAUUAAGUAGUGAAAUCGUUUAUUAAUUAUAAAUUUAUUUCUUUUCUUGUCAUCGAUUUUGUACAAGACUAUUUCCAUAGACUAUUCCUUAUUGAAAGUCAUUGAACUUUCCAUCUAAUUCUUUUUGGGGGGAUAAUCUAACUAUAAAAGUGAUGUGAUGCAUUGAACUAUAUGAAUUGUGAUUAAAUUAUUUAAACAGAUCAAUAUCCUUCUUAGUUAGUUUUCUUUUCUUUUUUUAAAGUUGAAACCAUGUGAAAAUGUAACUGACUUGUUUUUCUUAAUCUAUGGAAAGUAACAUAGUGUUGUAGAAUCUAUGCAUAGUACAUUGUAGAUGGUGUUUCGUCCCAACUAUCCGGUGAUGAUAGUUCGUAACAAUGUUCUUUUUUAUGCAACAGUUUAUUUAUCUUUUGUUUGUUUGAAAUUAUCAUUAACUGAUAUAUUAUUUAAAGAGA